AUGGCGUCCGAAGAUGGGAUCUCGGUCCGCCAGAUGAGACUCAAGGUCCUUUACACAUUCGACAGCGAGAACAAAACAAAUUGUCUGGCUCGAUGGCCCCACCUCAUCGACAUCCAAACAGCUUAUAUAGAUGAGGAGACCCAGGUCGGGGUCAUUGAGCUGAAGACGUGUAUACAGGCUAUUGUUUCUGCUAGCCCGGAGUUAGUUGCUAGGCUUGGUCGAGAUUAUACGAUUUACGCAUACGAUUAUUCUGAGUACGAGACGCCGUUGGUUGGGCAGGGAAUGCUCUCAUGGGUGUUGGCUUCUGCCUCACCGACUCCUGAUGCUCCGGCACAUCAGUCGAAAACGAUGGUUACUGGGCGUGUUUGCAAGAAUGUUUUUGGCCUUUUCUCGAAGGGAGGACAAGAAACCCUCGAAGUCAAACUGCGACUCGUCCCUGUCCCAACAAUCUACCAGAACGAAUACCUGAACAGCAUGCAUAAGUAUCGGGAGUCGAGCCAUGCAAUUCCACAAGAGUUUGAUGCUCAAUCUUGGGCAAACUUUGUUCAAUCCAAUCCUGGCCUCCUAGCCUCAGGUGGCUCCGGUUCUGCCCCGCCUCCUUCAGACAAUGGGCUGUCGCCAGUGGACAGAUCCGGAAUUGAUCGACUCCACCAGAUGCUGAGCGAAGGCUCAACUCCAAGAGACUUUUCGAAUAUUGCCACUACAGAACCUGUUCGUGCCGAAUCUCCUGCUCAUUCAACUCGCGCUACACCAAGUCGAACUUCUACUCCUGGCCUAACAAGGACCGAUAGCCAACAUCAAAAGAGACCUUCUGGGGAUGCAUUUCGUCCAUUGUCACGGGCAUCUGGCUAUGAUACGGACUCUCGUCGACGGGCACCUCCUUAUAUGGGUCGGCGAGAUUCAACUUUCUCUGGAUAUGGGAGUGGUGACGAAGUAAAUGAGGCCCCCGCGCCCAAGAGGGCUAAAUUGUUAAGGGCGGAUUUUCUUGACAAAGCUCACAUGAACAUAGAAAGGCAGCCUGGCUCCCUUCGUGUUGCAGCAAGUACCGCCGCAUCCGUACGCAUCCACCGUCCCAUGGCCAUGAACCCAGCGGCUGCUCGAGCUCAGGCAUCUAACGACGACCCUGUCCGCCCACCAACUCCCAUUCCCAGGGUUGCCACUGGUGCCACUCGUCCCAUCCGCCCACCACUCAGCAAUCUUCGCCGUGAGUCAUCCAGUGCCAGCCAAGCCCCGUAUACCUCACCAUAUGCUCACCCUCCCGAGGCUGCUGUCACGUCGCCUGAAGAUGUUCGAUAUGGAAAUGCCAUCGAUACGCCUUUCAAUAUGCCAUCAUCUCCUCCAGUAAUGGAAAACAUGUAUCCUCAAACAUCUAGUCCCCUUCUUCCGCCUCUUCCUGAUCACGACUCGGGUUUUAUGAGCAGUAAUUUGGAUUCAAUUCUCGACGAUAAUUGCAUUGGUAUCACCCUCGAUGAACAGGAUACCUCCACUGGCCAAGUGAGGGAGACACAGGCCAACCCUGAGAAGGAAAACUUAAAUUUGCCAUCUCAUAACAUUUCCCAGAUGCGUACAAACCAAAACAGCAGUUUUCCGAUGAGUGACAGUGUAGUUGAUGCCACCACCAAUGAGCCACCUCCCGCCUUACCACCCCCACCGAGAAGACUAACUGGGUCCCGUCCUUCUUCGCGUGCUAGCAUUAGGCAAAAUUCGAAACCUCUUGCCCCUGCUCCCAUCUCCCAGAGCGAAGCAGAAAGACUCAGCCGCCAGGCAAUUCCCGCUAGCGACCCUGUGCACCCUGCACAAACCUCGCAGCAACAAACCCAGCCAUGGAAUGGCCCAAUGAGUGACUUUCCGACCGCUACUACCCCUGCUCCAAUAGCUACGGAUGACGUAAAAGUACGAAGCGGAGCAGGGGCCAGAAGAACCAAACAAGUUCAAGCACGACUGGAGCAAUGCAUACGUCAAGGUACUGUUCCACCCUAUUGUGAAAAUUGUGGGGCAAUUGAAACACCUACCUGGAGACGAGCUUGGUCGAAAGUUAUCCAAGGCAGCGCUCAAGAUGCAGAUUCCUACGAAGAUGAUCCUUCCAUGCUCUUCUGGCGUCCAGAGGAAUUUGCUUCGGAUGGGAAAACUGUCAUAGCUUUCAAGCAAUUUAAAAAGUCGUUGGCAGAUCACGAUAAGGAUUUUGUUCAACUCUUACUAUGCAACCCAUGUGGCUUAUGGCUCCAUAAAUUCAAAACAAUGCGUCCGGAAAAUAAAUGGAACAAACAACCCCCAAAGGAUAAGGGGAAACGACAAACGAGAAGAACCAAACCCCCUACUGGCACUUCGACGAGAUCCUCUCGUAGCAAAGCCCUAGCUUCAAAGCGAAGCGAAUCAUCUCCUGGACCCACAGACGCCUCUUCGCCAGCCGGUGAAGAAGCAACCACUCCUGCCGAGAAUGGGAACGGUACGCCUGCAGCUAAUGCUGCAGAUGCGCCAUCCCUAUGUCGGUCUAUCAGCCGGCGGGCGAAUAGCGAAGAGCCGCCCAAGUCUGCCCAUAAACGCGAAAAUCGAUGGCGGGAGGAAGAUGCAAGAAAGGCUUUACAUCGUGCAAUUCAAUCUAGCCCAGCUCGCAACAUGGAAGGCCGAACUCUGCCCUUUAUGGAGGCGAAUCUUACACCUAAACCCGUUCGCAGGUCUCUAUUCCCUCCGUCCAAGGAUGGGGACACCAUGAAGACCCUUACUGAUGCAUCGAUCAAUGUGAUACGAAGAAGCCCGCGGGUUGCGUCCAAGCAAUCGAAACUGACCCCUACCAGAGAAGGCGCUACCGCACGAGUGAACGAUGGCCUUGAUGCGCUUUUUGUGUGCAGCGACACUGAAAAUGAUCCAUUACCAUUCCCAGGUAGCCCUACGCCGAAACAAAAUAAAAAUAGAGGUGUUAUUUUAACACCAACUAAAAAUAUUAAUCCAAAUGUGAAUUCGGGCAACUCAACGGACGGUUCUAAGAAAGGAGUUGUGAAUCCCUCGCCCUCGAAAUUGAUUGCCGAAGAACUUGAACGUGCAGGCCAGGAGGGAUCAAGGCUAACCCCCCGCGCUUAUCGGAUAAACAAUCUUUUUAAAGAUGACAUUAGUGCACUACAGAAAAGUCCAGGGCUGCGGAGUUUUGAAUCCAUCGGAGGCCUUGUUUUGGAUAUCUUUGACUCAGACGAAGACUCUGUCACCCAAACCGACUCGUUUUACCCGUUCGUUCCACCGGAUUAUGAAACCGGCGGCAACUGGGCGGACUGGGCUGCUGAAACUAGCAUUUCUCCAAGGACUGCAGAGUCUAUGGGUGCUGCUGCUGCAGGUCAGGAACAGGGCAACCGCGCCAUCUCAUCAAGCCAGCAGUUAACCGGGGGCCAUACAUCGGCACUGCCAGAGUCCGACUUAUUGCAUAUUGACCCCGACGAUCCAGUUUUGAGAAGCCUACUGCUUGACCCAAACUUAAAUUUCCAUGGAAACCUAGAUGACCAAUCUACUGCUGUUGAUGGUUCGAAUAUUUUUGAUAUGUCCAUGGCAGGUUCAGAUAUAUUAAAUGCGCAGCCUAAAGGGAAUGAUUGUGCAGAAAACAAUGAGGCUGCUGUCGCGUGUGCUAUUUUGCAAGAAACCAAUGACAAGACUCCUGUUAAUGAUUCCGGUGCAUCAAACACACAGGAAGCUAGCUAGAUGGAUACAUGUGGCUAAUUGUUUAACUUCUGAUGUUAUUUGAGAAGGGUGAUGUAACGUCGUUUUUUCUAUCAUUGUUUGUUGUUUUGCACGUAUGCAUGUUGAAAAUACCCCGUUCUUUCCGAGUACAUGACUCGUGUCAGGCCAGCAUUUGGCUCUUUGAAUUCGAAUUCCUUCAUUAUU